AUGCCUAGGCACGCAUUCAGUGCCAUCAAGUGUUGCUUGCAUAUGCUGACAUGCUCUCCAUGGCCAGUAGACCACCAGCUUCGGGCCUCCCACCCACAGCAGCUGCAUCUGGUUAUACACAUGAAAAACACCCAACACCUCAUUCUGGCUGCCAGGCAUGUGAGGAGUGAGUGGGCACAGCCCAUCCCACAAUCACGUGUACAUCACCUAGGCAUGCAUGGGGCCAUGGGCAUGUUUUGCUGGGCACACAGGUAUUUAGGCAUGGCUGGGCGGUUGUUGGGGCAAGGAUCUUAUUCUCAAUAUUUAUGGGUGCUAACCAUGCCCUAA